AUGACAUUGAAAGUCAUAGAAGCGUAUGUGCAUAUGGCUUUUCGUCUGGGCGCGUUGGCGCCUGCAUUUCCGAGUUCGGUUGUAUACUGUGCCGCCAACUGCGCUGAAACUAGUGCCGGCUGUGAAAAGUCGCUGCUCGCAGUCGUUCAGCGACUCCGCAUUUUCGCUGACUCAAAACACUUUGUGGAUCUGCCUCUGCUACCUGGGCGAAUACCGGAGCGGAUCAUAGAGUACUGGGACGCUGAGUUCGGUCGCCGCGUUGUUGAGGAGCCGCUGGCGGGCCCAGGCGAAGCAACCAGCGGGCUCCGCGAGGCCGAGCGCGAGCCCCCUGUGCCCACCUUUCGGCUAGCACGUGUCGAGGGACCUGACACCGACUUCGAGGAGGUACGUCGCUUUCUGUUAGAGCACUUUGACUACGCGCCUGGUGGCGACUUGCUUGCCUGGAUCCCGCGGGACUUGCCGCAGUUGGAGCUGGACCCUGAACCUGGAACGACAGCGACUGGUUCGCCACCGUUGCUGCACCAGAUCUGGCGCUGGAUGAAAGCACAGGAUGUCGAUGCGGGAAACUGGCUCAUGGAUAUGGUCGCACGCUGGCGAAAACUCGGUCGCGAGACCUCGCCGAUGGUGUUCAGAGAACCUGAACGCUUCAGUCUGCUGCCCCUGAAACAUCCAUUCAUCGUGGCUGGUGGUCGAUUCCGCGAGUGCUACUACUGGGAUACCUACUUCAUCGUUCGCGGCCUUCUGGUCUGCGGUAUGUGGGAGACUGCGCGCUGCUGCGUUGAGAAUCUUCUCGAUCUGGUAGAGCAGUUCGGCUUUGUGCCCAACGGUGCCCGCAUCUACUAUCUGAAUCGUACCCAACCACCACUACUUUCGGAUAUGGUGCGCUGCAUUGCAGAGCAUGCACAUGCCGGAUGGGACGUGAUGACAUUUUUGGGGCGAGCGUUGCCGCUUCUGGAGCGUGAAUACAACUUCAUGAUGGAGCAACGGGCGGUAAAGAUGCGCGCAGGGGGAACCCUAAAUCGUUACCAUGCGCCCGCAGCCGAAGGACCGCGACCGGAAUCCUUCUACGAGGACUCGAAACUUGCAAGUGACUGUUCGAUGGAACUUCUCGGUGAUCCGCGGCGGAGUGAGCUCUUCAUCGCCUUGACUGCAGCAGCGGAAAGCGGAUGGGACUUUUCGUCGCGCUGGCUGCGCGACCGGCGAAGCAUGUGCUCCAUCCGAACGCAGUUGAUUAUCCCUGUGUGUUUCAACAGUUUCAUGCUUCGCAUGGAACGCAAUCUCGCUUUUCUCUACCAAUGGUAUAUCAGCGGUAGCCGACCGGAAACGGAAAAAGGUAGCAUUUUCGAACAGCGGUUACCUGGAAAUGAGGAGGUCCCCAAUGACCCAGUGACAAGAGACUUGCUUGAUCGAGUCCAACAGCGGGUCUCUACGAUGCAAAAGUAUUUAUACGUACCAAGCCGGGAUCAAUGGAUCGACUACGACCUGGAGGCCGAUACAACGACCCUGCAAACGGUUGCAGAUUGGCGGCAGACGGUGAGUUCGAGCAACUUUUUCCCGCUCUGGAGCGGCAUCCUCGAGCAUAUCGAAUCGGAACAAGCGGCUUCCAUCGCGCGUGGCGUGCUCCAGUCGUUCGAGGAGAGUGGUCUCCUGCAAAACGGAGGCGUUGUUGCAACAUUGGUGACCGAUUCGGGUCAACAGUGGGAUUACCCGAACGCGUGGCCACCCGUGCAACUCCUGCUGCACGAAGCGUUUGCGUCGCUAGCGACGCAGUUUUCCGCGAAUGAGCAAAUCUCCAACCGAGCUCGCGAACUUUCUUUGCAGAUAGCCAUCCGAUUUCUGCGUUCUGUAUACCAGGGCUGGCUUCGGAGUGGUGAUCUUUUCGAGAAGUAUCACGCGGAAAAGGUCGGAGAGAGUGGCAACGGCGGUGAAUACGUUCCCCAGGUUGGAUUCGGAUGGACAAUUGGGGUGAGCCUUGCGCUCUUGUCCAGUGUAUGGCAGCUUGAUCGAAGCCUGCUCGCACAAGUCUGGCAGAGGGUAUCCGAUGAAGCCACAUAA